AUGCAGGCCCUGCUCAGGGGCGUCGGCGUUGGGCUCGAGCGCCCAGUGCAGCGCGUUCUCCACGGCUCCCUUCGCUCCCUGGCCCUCAUCCUGGACUCGCUCGCGGAGCACAUCGCGCUGCUCCUGGGCAGGCCGUUCGUUGAGGACGACAUCUGGGGCGGCACGGAGCCGGAGCCGUGCCUGGUGGCCCUGGGGAUCGGGCGGAGCUACCUGACCGGCGAGUGCGGCGUCGCCUCCCGGUACGCGGACCGCGUGCUCUCCAUGAACUGGACCGUCAUCGAGGCGGGAUGGCCACUGUUCGGCUGGCUGCGGGACCUCAUGUGCCUGCACGGGCUCUUGGAGCGGCCCCGGUCCACCUGGGGCUACCCGGACCUGGACAUGUACCAGCCGGAGGGCGAUGCCGGCGGCGGCCUGCAUCCUGGCCUGCUGGCCGCGGCGUCGAGCACCUACGCGGAGGAGCCACGCGACCGACGACUUCCUCGGGGACGUCGUGACGCAGCUCACCGCGAUCGAGCGCGGCCGCAGGCGCGACCCGGCGGACUCGGAGGACUGCUGGCAGAGCAACAACAUGAGCAGGGCCUUCUCACGCUUCCUGCGGAUCAUCGAACGUCGACCCGUGCUGCAGCCACAGCUCCCACUUCCGCACCGACAUGCAGUCCAGGUGCUGGACCGACGGCCUGA